AUGCCAUUCGUCAAGGUUGUAAAGAACAAGGCGUACUUCAAGCGCUUCCAAGUGAAGUACCGCCGUCGCCGUGAGGGCAAGACAGACUACCACGCACGUCGCCAGAUGGUCUUGCAGGACAAGACCAAGUUCGGCACCCCCAAGUACCGUCUUGUGGUGCGCAUCACCAACCGUGACGUCAUUGCACAGAUUGUUCACGCAAAGGUUGUUGGCGACGAGGUGGUGAUGGCUGCGUACUCUCACGAGCUGCCCCUGUUCGGUAUUGAACAUGGCCUGACGAACUACGCUGCCGCUUACGCGACUGGCCUGCUGGUUGCGCGCCGUAUGCUGACAAAGCUCGGUAUCGCCGACAAGUUCGAGGGCACGAAGGAGGUGGACGGUACAUACGCGGCUGUCCGCACGAAGAGCGACUCACAGGACGACGACGAGUCUCGCUUCCCCUUCAAGGCAAUCCUCGAUGUUGGUCUCGCACGUACGACAACUGGCGCCCGUGUGUUCGGUGUGCUGAAGGGUGCCGUCGACGGUGGUCUUGCUGUGCCUCAUCGCCAGAACCGCUUCCCCGGUUACAACAAGGAGAAGGACUCGUUGAACGCUAAGAUGCACCGCGAUCGCAUCUUUGGCAAGCACGUUGCUGAGUACCUGAAGCAGGUGCGCGAGGAGGCAAGCUCGAACCCUGAUGAGAAGACAAACCAGUUCUGCAAGUACAUUGCGGCGAAGGUUGCUCCUGAUACGUUGGAGAGCAUGUACAAGAAGGCACACGCCGCUAUUCGUGCAGACCCAAUGAAGAAGCGGGCAAAGAAGGAACGCAAGGAGGGCGUUGCGCCAAAGAAGUACAACACAGUGAAGAAGACUGGUGCCGAGAAGAAGGCCGCCGCCAAGGCGAAGAUUGCUGCAGUGGUCGCGAGGAUUCGUGGCCGUGCGUAA